AUGGCCCAAAGCUUUGAUGACUGGCUGCAGAGUUUGAAUCCCGUAACGAAAGGCGUGUUCGCCGCCGCAGUCCUCCUGACGGCAGCCAUUUCCAUGCAUAUUGCACCUUAUACAUACUUUACUUUGGAUACCUCUGCGAUUAUGGGGCUGCAAUUGUGGCGACCUUUCACGGCUGCACUUUUCUUUGGUAAGUUCUCCUUCCCAUGGUUAAUUGCGAUGGCAAUGUUUGUUUCCUACCUCAAGUAUAACGAGGAAUACGACUACCAAGGGAAAACAGCAGAUUUUGCGUGGAUGCUUAUUCUUGUUGUUAUUGGACUGACAGCAGGUGGGUUGUUGCUUGGGUUGCCCAUCGUUAGUGGUGCUCUGCUAAUGGCACUGUGCUGGGUUUUUUGUAAGCGUCACCCGCAGCUGCGCAUGAAAUUGUAUAGCUUCGAGUUCGAUGCGAAGACGUUUCCAUGGGUGUUGGCCCUGUUUCACUUUAUUCUCGGUCAAAACAUUCUUGAGGAUGCGCUUGGUAUCGUUGUGGGUCACCUCUUCUUUUUUCUUAACGAUCUGAUACCUUUGAAGCACGGAACAAACCCAAUUGCGACACCCUCGUGGUUUGUGCGUCUCACAGGGCUUGAAAAUGGCGGCGUGCGCUUUGGUGGCGUGCACGCGGGAGGACAGGCGUUUGCUGCUCGAUUCGCGCGGCAACCACCACCAGCUGCCGCGGGCGGGCGGCCGCACCAUUGGGGACCAGGUCACCGGCUUGGCACAACUUAA